AUUUCUCAAUCUCCGCCGUCCAUCGAGCACAAGCUCUAUCCACCGUCCGUUGUGGAGGAAUUAGGGUUCUUGAGUGGAAGUAUGCUGAAGAUCAGGCUCAAGGCGCAGGAAUCGCCGCCGGCGCAACGCAAGGAGGAGAGGAGUAAGCAGGAGGAUGUGGCAGUACCGCGAUCCAUGGUGCCGCCGCAUUUGUCCCGCGAGCAGCUUCCCGAAGCCCGAGGGGCGGGAAUUGCCAGCAGCGUCGCCGAGAUCAAAAUCCUUGGCUACGCAGUGCAGCGCAGGAAUGGGGAUAAGGUCCACAUCUGCACGCGUUGUAAUUUUCCCAUCGCGAUCUACGGCCGGCUGCAUCCAUGCGAGCACAUUUUCUGCCUAACGUGUGCGAGGAAGGAUUCCAUCUGCUUCUUAUGUGAUGAGAAGGUUUCACGAGUAAGGAAGAUCGAAGCACUGGAUGGCGUCUUCAUCUGCGGUGCCCCUCGGUGCCUCAAAUCGUUCCUGGAAAAACAGGCUUUCGAGCAUCACGUCAAGGACCAACACAAGGAUCUAGUACCGGGUACCAACAUGAAGCACGAAGAAAAGAUGAUCACCGACGAGAAGAAACCACAAUCUAGCGAGAGACAAUCUCGACAGCAGCAGUUUCGCAACGCUCAACACCAGAAACAAAUGGAUCAGCUCAAGCAAAAAGCUCCAAAGUUUGGCUAUUCUCCCAGCCUCCCAGAUUACAGCACAAUACAACAAGACGGACAAAACUUCUACGCCGCCUAUCCUCAACUAGACGACCAGUUGCAAGCCAGAUGGAACCAACCUCCUGGCUUUGGUUAGAUUCGGGCUCCAGGCUUCUCUCCGCUCAGCUAUACUGCGACGGCGUGAUCACAUCAUCAAUCUUGAGGAUCAUCUUCACCACCUGAGUUGCGAGGAGAAUCUGUUGCUUCUUCCCAAUCAACGUCUCGAAAACGUUCUGCUCC